AUGCAACUUGUCAGAUCCAUCUUUUCAAUUACUGCCGUAGCUCUCACCAGUGCAUCAGCAUUUAUUCUUAGUGAUGGCAUUGCCGUCGUCCACGGAAAUUUAUCCGUUCAGGCUGUUAAUGACAACCACCGCUAUGCUAGUAGCUAUCUUGAGCCUUUUGCGCCAGAGGAUGCUGUCGAAAAACCUUUCGAAUUAGUGGACGAUCAUGAAGAUCUGGUGACUAACGCCAAAGGGCAUCUCGUUUCCCUGAGGAAACGCGGUGAUGAUUGUCAGAAAUAUCACAAAGUUAAGAGUUCUGACAAUUGUAUUUCUGUCGCUAAAGCUCAUAACCUAACUCUUGCUCAAUUCUAUGAUUUGAACCCUUCUGUCAACCGCGGCUCUUGUGAUAACUUGUUGACUGGUAGAUUCUACUGUAUUAGAGGGGAAUCAAAAAAAUCUAUCGCUGAAAAGAUCGUAGAAAAGACUACUAGAAAGAAAGCAGCCGAAGAAAAAGCUAUGGAUAAAAAGGAAGAAGAAGCGAACAAAAAAGAUAGCCGCAGACUCCUUCAAAAAGGCUCCGAUUUUACAUAUUACUGGAUUGCCCAUCCUGAAGACUACGACGACAGCGGUAAAUCCAUAACCAUUCGUACUUGUGAGGGUAAGAGUCUUGGUUCUGUUCCUGAAUCCUAUGCUGAUGCACUUGUUAUGGAAGGUACAGGUGUCAUAGGAGAUAAGGUCAUCAACUUGGGUGGUUGUUCUUGCAGCAAUUACAAGUGCUUUAUGGAAGUUGAUAAGAAGGAGGACCCAUUUGGUUUAACAUCUUUCGGUACUCCACUUCGUCCGUUCAUUACGAUUGCUGCUAACGAUAUUAAGAGAAACACCAAGGUUUAUAUUCCCCAAUUGGUUGGCUGGGAGAUUCCUGGUUCUAGCAAGAAACAUAAUGGCUGUUUGCUCAUUGAUGAUCAAAGUUGGAGUUUCACCGAUAAUCAUAUCGAUUUCUACGUCUAUCGUGAAAAAAAUUAUCAUACAUUAAACAAUGAACAUAAGAUCAAUUCUGUCGAUAUUUAUGAGGGUGGUGAUUGUAACUUGCUUAACUAUUUGUAA